UAAAUCCAAUGUUUGGUUUAAUUUGAGAUAAAAAGAAAAAUAAAAUCAUAAAUAAUUAAUCCAUCACCGUCUCACACGAAUGAGUCUCCUUCCCGUCGUCGGAGCUACUUCGCCGGCGCUAGUACCUUUCAUCACCCGUAAAAACCACCCCAAUCAAAAGAUCCAAAAACUUAAUCAAUCUACCUCCGAAACCAUUGUUUCAUGGACUUCUCGCAUCAAUCUCCUCACACGCAAUGGUCGGUUAGCGGAGGCAGCGAAGGAAUUUACCGAUAUGAGAGUCGCCGGCGUAGAGCCAAACCACAUCACUUUCAUCGCUCUACUCUCUGGUUGUGGUGAUAUUCACUCCGGAAGUGAAGCCUUAGGCGAUUUGCUUCAUGGAUAUGCUUGUAAACUUGGUCUCGAUAGAACCCAUGUCAUGGUUGGCACCGCAAUUCUCGGGAUGUACUCAAAACGCGGUCGUGUUAAGAAGGCUAGAUUGGUGUUCGAUUACAUGGUUGAUAAAAACUCGGUUACUUGGAAUACAAUGAUCGAUGGGUACAUGAGGAGUGGUCAAGUCGAUAACGCUGUUAAGUUGUUCGACGAAAUGCCUGAACGGGACUUGGUUUCUUGGACAGCUAUGAUAAAUGGGUUUGUUAAGAAAGGGUUUCACGAGGAAGCUUUGGUAUGGUUCCGUGAGAUGCAGAUUUCAGGAGUGAAACCAGAUUACGUUGCUAUUAUUGCUACUCUUAACGCUUGUACAAACCUAGGUGCUCUCUCUUUUGGAUUAUGGGUACAUCGUUAUGUGAUGAGUCAGGGUUUUAAGAACAAUGUCAGGGUUAGUAAUUCACUGAUUGAUUUGUAUUGUCGUUGCGGGUGUGUUGAGUUUGCUCGUGAAGUUUUUGACAAGAUGGAGAAACGAACUGUAGUUUCAUGGAAUUCAAUCGUUGUUGGUUUUGCUGCUAAUGGAAACGCACAUGAAUCUUUGGUAUACUUUAGGAAAAUGCAAGAUGAAUGGUUUAAACCUGACGCAGUCACUUUCACCGGUGCACUUACGGCUUGUAGCCAUGUAGGUCUAGUUGAAGAAGGUCUUCGAUAUUUCCAAACGAUGAAAAGGGAUUACAGAAUCUCGCCUAGGAUUGAGCAUUAUGGAUGUUUAGUGGAUUUGUAUAGCCGGGCUGGGAGAUUGGAAGACGCUUUGAAAGUGGUACAGAGCAUGCCUAUGAAGCCAAAUGAAGUUGUGAUUGGAUCUUUGCUUGCAGCCUGCAGGACUCAUGGGAACGAUACCGUCUUAGCAGAGAGGUUGGUGAAGCAUCUUAGUGAACUGAAUGUGAAAAGCCAUUCAAAUUAUGUGAUACUUUCGAAUAUGUAUGCGGCUGAUGGAAAAUGGGAAGGAGCAAGUCAGAUGAGGAGGAAGAUGAAGGGUCUCGGGUUAAAGAAGCAGCCUGGGUUUAGUUCCAUAGAGAUUGAUGAUUGCACGCAUGUCUUCAUGGCUGGUGACAGUGCCCAUGUUGAGACUGCUUAUAUCCGCGACGUCCUCGAGCUUGUUUCUUCUGAUUUGCGAUUACAGGGCUGUGUUGUUGAAACCCUUGCUGGUGAUCACCUCAGUGAUUGAAUUCCAGGGACUUUCACAUCCCAAUUUUUGUUCAAGUCAGAUUGGCCAAUUACUGAGCUUCAUAUUAUACAGGUGAUAAUGAUUCAAAGUAAGUGACAAUGCAUCCAUUAGCACAAAAUGGUUGACCUUAUCGUGGUCAUAACCUCACUAGCUUGCACCAACCUUCUUGCCAGCCCCUACCUAGAAGUGAUCGUUGCAUAGGAUUGAUGCAGUGAAAGAUAUAGGUACUAAAACAUAUACAAGACCUGCUAGCUUGAGAGUGUAAAUAUUCCAACAAUUUCAUUGUUAAUGCAUUUUCUAAAGAUAGUGUUGUUCUAGGUACAUCCGAUAUUGUUACUGUUGUAUUUUAAAGGUUAGAUUAUCUUUGACGAUUAUAUGUAACACGUAUCAAUUUUAUUCAUA